GGUCGGGGGCAGAGGGCGGCCCCGCGGCGGGGGGAGGCUCCGCCGUCGGCCCUUGGACCCGAGAGCCGAGCCGAGCCGAGCCAUGGCGGCGCCGGGGCAGAACCUGGCCGUGGUAGUGCACCGAGCCGGGGACCUGCGGCUGGAAGACCGUCCGAUCCCAGAACCGGGUCCCAAUGAGGUCCUCCUGCGGAUGCAUUCUGUUGGGAUCUGUGGUUCUGACGUUCACUACUGGCAGCAUGGUCGAAUUGGAGAUUUUGUCGUGAAGAACCCCAUGGUGUUGGGGCACGAAGCUUCCGGGACCGUCGUCAAAGUGGGAGCAGGAGUGACACAUCUGAAACCAGGUGAUCGUGUGGCCAUCGAGCCUGGUGUCCCGAGAGAAACAGAUGAGUUCUGCAAAGCUGGCCGCUACAACCUGUCUCCAACCAUCUUCUUCUGUGCAACACCUCCUGACGAUGGGAACCUGUGCCGCUACUACAAGCACAGCGCCAGCUUCUGCUACAAGCUUCCAGAUAACGUCACCUUUGAAGAAGGGGCCCUUAUCGAGCCACUUUCGGUGGGAAUCCACGCCUGCAGAAGGGCAGGAGUCACUCUGGGAAGCAAAGUCUUUGUAAGUGGAUCAGGACCAAUUGGCCUUGUUAAUGUGAUUAUAGCCAAGGUGAUGGGUGCAGCAGCAGUUAUAGUUACAGAUUUAUCUGCCUCUCGCCUGCAGGCUGCCAAGGAGAUGGGGGCAGAUUUCACCAUUCAGAUAAAGAAUGAGACCCCACAGGAGGUGGCUGCCAAAGUGAAAAGUCUGCUUGGCUGCAUGCCUGAGAUAACUGUGGAGUGCACCGGAGUCCAGGCCUGCAUCCAGGCCAGCAUUUAUGCCACUCGUUCCGGAGGGACCCUGGUGCUGGUGGGGCUGGGCCCUGAGAUGGUGACGGUGCCCAUUGUGAACGCUGCGGUGCGGGAGGUGGAUAUCAGGGGGAUAUUCCGCUACUGCAGCACGUGGCCUGUGGCCAUUUCCUUGCUUGCAUCCAAGCGGAUCGACAUCAAGCCCUUGGUUACGCACCGCUUCCCCCUGGAAAGGGCUCUUGAGGCAUUUGAGGUCACAAAGAGGGGCGAAGGGAUAAAAGUCAUGCUGAAAUGUGACCCCACUGACCAGAACCCCUGAGAUGCUGUGGUGCCCGGCCCUCUCCCCAUUGCACCGCCUGCCUGAGAUGCAAAGCAUGAAGCCACGAGAGGCCGAUGUAUGGCUGUUGCAUGUUUACACAGUCACCUCAUGCAGGCAGUGUUUUGUAAUAGAGCUAAGAAAUCAAACGAUAAUGAGGGUGAAUGGCACUGAGGGAUACGUGAUUUUGCACAUCCCCCUGGGGAUGCUCAGGGACUGUGGCAGCCUGUGGAACAAAACCUGUCCGGGGAGCAUCUGAACUGAUUGUUCACCCCAUGCUCUUCACAAACAGCAAACUGCAGGUCCUGAAAGCCCAAGGAUUUUUUGGUGAAGCUGGGGUUGGAGGCUAGCUGGGACCAUAGCUUCUGUGUCAUCCUCCCCCCAGUAACUCCUGGUGGGGCAGAAAGGACUGCUGCAGAGCAGGCUGGAGCGUGUUUGAAGGAAGCUGCCCUGCCUCUGGCUGGGAAAGCAGAUCCUGGUUUUUACCUGGCUCCUGAGGUUGGGCUGCUGGUGGGGGGCACAGCUUGCUUUUAGCGUGGGGGGAAGCACAGCAGGGGAGCAGCAUCGCUAAGAUAAUACCACUGUGAAUGAACUGUAACUUCUCUGGGAUAUCAGCCCUUCCUGCUGAAUUAGUGAGCCAUGAACAAGGUACUUGCCAAGGAGCAGGUUGCAGAAAAAAAUCUAAUCUUAGAUUACAAUUGUGUUGAUUUUAAUACUAGGAGAUCACUCUGAGAUCCAUUUCUUGGGCCGGUACUGGACUUCCCACAAUAAAUGCUACCUUCCUGGUG